AUGCUCCAAAGGCUUCUCACACACGGAGAUAGCCAUAACAACAAGAAGGAACUCCUCUCGCUGCUUAAGGAUAUCUGUUCUGAUGCUUCCGCUUUGUGCGUUGAAGAUAGCACUCGGAAACUGGCGGGGCCGCCUUUACUCAACCAUUUCAACGACGUCACAGAUCUAGAUGUGAAACUGGGGUUGAACGAAGAGCUGAAUGAUAGGAACAUGCCGCAAUUCUGGUCUAGAAAACAGCUAUUGCUAGCAGCAUCAGUGAGCAUUGCCAUAGACGCAUUUAUCCGCAUGCUCCUCACUUUUGCCGAUAUGGCUAUUGGGAACUGCAAGCGGGUAAAUACCCGCUCGGCAAACCGGGAAUGGGUUUCGCUUCGUGAACGAGGUAGUUAA